CUCAAGCGUGCCGUACAUGUGCUCAAGAACUCGGAAGAUUCAUUCGUGUUUAUUUCUCUCACUGAAAGGUUCAGCCUCCCGUCCCGGCUUCCUUAAAUAAUUAAUUCAUUAUUUUAUUUUGAUUUCGAAUACAGUGAAUACUUAAUUCUGUCGCAGCAAAGAUAUGAUAAGUAAAUUCUUUUGGAUUUUGUGUACAAUAUUAAUAGCUGGGCAACAUGUCUCGUUGGUGGCAUCGGCUGGUGACAUUUCGGAAUAUAUUCGAAAAUGCUGCAUAAGUGGACUUCGCAAUGCCCGCACUUCGGGCUCUUGUGCCACCAAGGAUAUGGCUCCAGCGGUAAUCCCACAACUCUGGCUUGGGCUCUGCCACUCCACCUUCGAGGUGUGCUGCUCUCGGGAAUUGGAUCAUCAGAAUUGUGAGCUUGGUCGUUUGGCUGCCUUGGACGGAACCCGCUGUGAUGGUGGAGAGAAUGUCACCUCCCAUAGUGCUUUUGCCACAUGCUGCCGAUCCUGUCAAAUUGGUUUGGCCGUCAAGGCCAGCAAAGUGAACUGCAAGGAUCCUUUAUUCUCCUUUAUAUCCGCCAUUGAAUCGUACCGAGACUGCUGUUACGAAGAUGGUUCUCCCUCAUCGGGUUCGGAGUCUAGUUCUAUAAAAAGUAAUGACACUAACCCUCUGGGCCUUGAUGAUAAUGAAAAUAAGGUAAUUCCUGAAACGGAAACGGAUCCGGAAUCGGAAUCGGACCCAGAUGAGGAGGGUACAAUUGUACUAACUGGUGAUGAUGACAUUUGUGGCAAAAUCCCCAAUCUCUGUGCCCACAUCUGCGAGAACACCUUUGAUGCCUAUCAGUGCAAGUGCCACGACGGCUUUAAGCUGGAUUCUAACAAUGUCACCUGCUCUGCUUUACCUGCUGGAGAAGCCAACAACAAAGUGUGUCCCAGUGGCUAUGAUCUGGAUGAGCUUGAAAGCAAGUGCAUUGACAUUGAUGAGUGCAAGGAAUUAUCUCACGAUUGCAAAAUAUCUCAAUAUUGUCACAAUACAAUUGGCGGCUAUCAUUGUUUGAAUGUGAAAGCUAAGGAAUGUCCAGAAGGACAGCAUUAUGAUGGUGAAUUGGAUGAGUGUAAAGUUUCCAAAACAGCUUACUCUACGGAAAUCAGAAAACAACCAUCUUGUGACGAUGGCUUCAAUCUGAAGGAUGGCAGCUGUACGGAUAUAGACGAGUGUGCCGACAAUGCUACCAAUAACUGUCAUAGCAUUCCCCACCAGGAGUGCAGGAACACCCUGGGCAGCUACCUCUGCCACUGCAAGGUGGGCUUCAAUCUGGAUGCCACCUCCAAUGAGUGCGUGGACAUUAAUGAAUGCUCGAUUAACAACCACAACUGCCUGCCAACGCAGAGGUGUGACAACACGAUUGGAUCAUAUAUAUGCACGCGCCUUCAAAGUUGCGGCACUGGCUACACGUUGAACGCGGAGACUGGGAACUGUGAUGAUGACGACGAGUGUUAUUUGAAAACGCACAACUGUCCGUAUAACUAUGACUGCUACAAUACCAAAGGAUCGUUUCGUUGUUAUAGGAAAACCACCACCACACGUUAUACUACAACACCAUCAACAACCACUACUACUACAACUACAGUGAAACCUUACUCUUGGGAAACAAGAUAUCCUGCUGCCAACUAUGGCACCUCUUCGAGAACGCAAUUGGAUUGCUCUUCUGGUUUUUACAGAGACAGCUAUGGGGCUUGUGUUGACAUAAAUGAGUGCUUGAGAAGCAAUCCUUGUGGCAGCCAUCAGCGUUGCAUCAAUACCAAUGGACACUAUCGCUGCGAGAGUCUUUUACAGUGUUCGCCAGGAUACAAAUCCACAGCGGAGGGAACGUCCUGUGUUGACAUCGAUGAGUGCGCAACUGGCGAGCACAACUGUGGUGAAAGACAAAUCUGCCGAAAUCGUAACGGUGGCUAUGUCUGUGCCUGUCCUACAGGACAUGAACUCAAGCGUCUCUCUGCCGGCAGCAACACAUGUGUGGACAUCAACGAAUGUGCCCUGGAUCAGCGUGUAUGUCCUUCGAAUGCCCAGUGCUUCAAUACCAUUGGAUCCUUCUAUUGCGAGUGCAAGACGGGCUUCCAGAAGAGACCCGACGAUGAUAAUAACACUCAAUGCUUCGAUAUUGACGAGUGUCAAGUCCUCACGGGUCUGUGUCAGCAGAAGUGCAUCAAUUUCUGGGGCGGCUACAGGUGUACCUGCAACUCGGGUUACCAAUUGGGACAGGAUAAUCGCACCUGCAACGAUAUCAACGAGUGUGAAGUUCACAAGGAUUACAAGCUGUGCAUGGGGACCUGCAUCAAUACUCCCGGUUCCUAUCAAUGCUCAUGUCCUCGUGGCUAUACUUUAUCAGCAGAUGGAAGCACAUGCCGGGAUAUAGAUGAGUGUACCACCGAGACGGGCAGUCAUGUGUGCACUGGUCGUAAUGAUAUUUGCACAAAUACCCGAGGUAGCUACAAGUGUACAACAAUUAAUUGUCCCCAUGGAUACACCAUUGACCAGGAGCAGAAAAACCGAUGCCGUCAGAAUAGUAACUUUUGCGACGGAGAAGACUGCUACACUAAGCCUUCAGCUUAUACGUACAAUUUCAUUACCUUUGUCUCCAAGCUGAUGAUCCCUCCAGAGGGUCGUCCCAUUUUCACGCUCAGAGGCCCUUUGUGGUACGAUAACAUCGAUUUUGACCUCAAAAUUGUUCGUAUCCAAACAACCAACAAUGUUCAGAAGGCCACCGAUGCCAAUUUCGACACUUUAAAGAACAACAAUCAGGUAAAUGUCCUGUUAAAGCAAUCUCUGGAGGGUCCGCAGGAUAUUGAGCUGGAGCUGAGUAUGACAGUGUUCACCAACGGCAUGCCGCGCGGAAAGAGUGUUGCAAAACUAUUUUUAUUCGUUUCGCAGCACACAUUCUAGUACCUGAGCGAGAGAACAUUUUUGUACAUCAAAUUUUUUAUUUAAGAGCAUUAAUAAAUACUGAGAUGCCGUUGAAAUAA